CAAAAUUUAAAAAUGGUUGACAAUCUUGCUCAGACUUGCUUUCCAUCAAUUAUGACCAAUUAGGCUAUGUUCCAACACGAAUUGUCACUUUCUCAUUAGUGCUAUUGUACCCAAAUCACAGUUAGAAUGAGGUGAUGAUCCCACAACACUUCAAAUUGCAUGACAGUCAACUAUGACCAGUAGAAAUGGCCAGUUAGAUUUUAGUCCUGAAGAAUUACAAGUACCCAAACGAGGCAUCGCUCAGCAGGCUCUUGAGGAGGAUGCAAGGCAGACAUAUGUGAUCAUCAUCAAACAGGAGGAUGAGAAUGGAGAUGUCAUAGAAGCUGAGACAUCGGGGUCACUCCAGGUGCUUAACCAGUCAUCCAGCCGACAAUCACUUGAUGGCCUCCGCAAAAAUUUGUCGAAUAUCGGUGAUGAUGAAUAUGACAGCGGCAUCUCUUCAGCCAAUCUCUUCCUGAAAGAUGAUGAGCUUGAAGAUGUUGAGGAAGCUGAGGGGCUGGUCCUACCCUCAGCCAAGAGGACUCGAAUCCAUGAAGAUCCCCCACCACAUAUUCCUGUAUGUGUUGGGAACGAUCCUGGAGUCAAAGGUGUUGUGAAAAGAAAUCUGUUUUGCAGCGAGCUUUCCCGAUCACUCCCCCUGCGGGAUCGGUCAAGCAGUCGAAGAUCGUGAUGUCUUCUAGUCCAGACUUGUUUCAAGGAACAGCUACCCAAGUCAGUGGCUCCUUCAACACCCCAACACCGAGCCUGGACUACAAGACCCAUCCUGCAGUACGCAAGAUCAUCCUUGUGUCACCGAACCAAUACCCAACCCCCUCCUCCACCAGUGUACUUACCCCACCAUCAGCUGCAGCUGUGAAGUCUCUUUAUGCUCCAUCACCGUUAGCAUCAUCAACACCCAUUACGUCAGCAUCAGCACUGAACGUUUCAGGAGCAUCACCCGACUCAGGAAUAUCCCUGUCCGUGUCUUCUUUGUCAUCCACAGUCUUGACUCCAGGGUCUCAGAACCUGUCUAGCCAAUCGCUGCACUCCUCUCAGGGCACACCAGAGAUGAUUCCAUCUUCCGUUACAACCACACAAUCAGGCCCUGGUCAGCCAAUCGAAACCAAGAUUACAUUCAGCAGACGACCUAUGUCAGCAAGCAUAGAAAAGAAAGAUACAGAGCUUUCAGAUGAUGGUGCUGACAAGUCCCUGGAUACCUCCCUGGCCAACAUUCAGUGGCUGGGUGCAUACCAGCUGGGAGCGAAGCCAGCCCGCAGCAAGACAGACCCACCCACAGUAGCCACACGCUGGACAUCCGAGGAGAGGGGUCGACGGAAGGAAUACAAUCACGAGGAGAUAGUGCGGGUAAAUCGCGAAUGUGGACAAACAAAGCGUCCCCCAUAUUCCUACAUGGUGCUGAUCCAGAUGGCACUGCAGAGCCGAGCUGACCAGAAGAUGACCUUGAGGGAGAUAUGCAAGUGGAUAGAGGAAACCUUUGCUUUCUAUAAGCACACAGCUAAGCCAGGUUGGAAGAACUCAAUACGGCAUAAUCUGUCGUACUACCAGUGCUUUAUCCGGACAUCAGAGGACAAGAAGAAGCAUGGAGCAAGGUGGACCCUCAAGUUCGAUGACGAGAAGCAAGACUACAGAGCAGGAGGCAAAGACAAGGCUACAGUUGACUGCAUCCAGGCAACCACCCAGCUGCCAGGCAUGAUCCCACUGUUUAUCAACCAGAACAACGCCAGUGGAGUUUUCCAACCAUCAAUUGUCCCGAUGCCACCCUCGUCCUGCUCCAGCCUCCCACAGCUGCAGCAACAGCCCUUCCCAUUUCAUGCUUGCUUCAGGAAGAAGAGAACAGGUCCUAUGCCAAUUCUGCCCCGCCCAUCUCCGGUGCAAGCAUAUGCUUUAGUGCCACUCCAUAAUGUGCCUCAGCAACAGCAGCAACAACAACCAAUCAUCGUCCAUUUCCCCAGCGGUCAACACCAAGUUGGGGGCACCCCUGCCCAGACCGAGACAACUUCCUCGGUCAGUACACCUGUUCCUAUCGCAUGUGCCCCGACACCGCAACACUCAGACAAGUCCAUACAGCCCGGUCUGAACAUCCUGCGACAGGCAUGGCUCAAUGCAGAUGUCUCUGAAGAUGAAAACGCUUUGACUUCCAUUUUAAAAGAACAGGGUAUUUCUGUGGCCAGUGGACAGACUGAAAAGAAACAAACAGCAAAACAGUUAAAGGUCAGUGCAACUCAAGGUCUUCCUAAACCUAAGAUUUAUGCACCCAAGCCAAAGAAAAGAACUCGAAGUCGGAUCAAGAAAUUACCAAAAGUUCCUGAAGAAAAGACUCUUUUGGCCGAAUCCUCGGACUCUGAACCUGAUGAUCAGUUUGAGAAGGGUUUGCCCACUCCUCUGAGACAACUGUUUCAGUCGCCGGAUGAUAAGAAUAAGAAUGAGCUUCUAACAACAUCUACACCUCUGAGGAAUGCUACGAUAUCCCCAGAGCAUCUCCCAUCCCCGAUUCGAGGACUGACGCCUCUGCGGGGUACGGGGCCUUUCGAUGGCAGUUUUCUAGACAUUUUACAAGAAGAGGCUGUGCAUGCUCUCAAGCUGAUCGGAUCCCCUCAGUUUGGGGACGGUCAGAAAACUGGACGUUCCCCAAAUAACUCUCUCACUGAGUUUGGAAUUUUCCAGAUCUCACCUGACAAGGGGGGUAAAAACCUCAGUGAUUAUCCCCUGAAUAGCCUGUCACGGAUAUUUGCUGACUUUGAUACUAAUUUUAUGACAGAAAAUGAUGGUCUUCCAAUAGAUAUGUCCAACUUUAACUGGAGCGGGCUCCAGCAGGCCACAGUGUCCCCCAAAGACCAGGACAAAAAGUCCUAACAGUUUUACAAACAAGCCCACACCCAUCUUUGAUUAUCAGGGUAAUGUUUCACCAGCUGUUGUGAUAAUUCCAGGGACCUGUUCACCACCAUGCCUUCAUUUUGUCUAAAACUCGUAUCAGGAACCCCUGAAUUUCUGACAAACAUCAAAAUUCCUUACUAGAGGUAUAUACCUCAAUUCAAAUUUGCAACCUGUUCCAAAGAUAUGUUUAGUUAGAAUGGAAGACAGUUCUGAAUGCGGUAUAUUUAAAUAGUAGUAGGGUACUAGCAUAUGUCGUACAACUGCUUGUUACAAUCAAGAAAGAAUCUUUUAACUUCAAAGGACAGCUAACUGUACCAUUUUUGUUGUUGGAUUUAGCCAAGUCAAACUGAGGCUAUAGGUCCUAGGUCUUUAUCAUAAUACAAUGACGAGUAGUACCUUUAGGUCCAAUGUUCAUGUGCGAUUUUGUGAUUAAGUCUAGAUUUCAAAAUCAGUACUGUUAUAGUUUGAAGAUGGUACUACAGUUUGGUUUAUGUCCAACCAGAUACAUCAGACUCAAACAUUCUCAUUUCAAAUUAAUGCCGGGGCAGUGGGGUAGCCUAGCGGUUAAAGCACUGCUUGUGACGUCGAAGACCCAUUUACGAUUCCCCACACGGGUACAAUGAGUGAAGCCCAUUUCUGGUGUUCCCCGCCUUGAUGUUGCUGGAAUAUUGCUAAAAGCAGCAUAAAACUAAACUCUCCCACUCAAAUUAAUAUUCCAGGGGUCCAUAGAAUUGAGGAUCAAUGUUUGGCAUGUCAUCUCGACACAGCGUUCAUUAAUGUUGGUAUAGUUAUACCCAUGGUAGUCUAUGUACAUGGACAGAAACUGAGUCGCUUCCAGUUGAAACCACCUGACAUAUCACCUGAAGUAAUAGUUUGUAAUGAUCAUAUAAUGUAUGUGUAGAACAACUGACGAAACAAUAAAUAACUGUGUUAGAACAAUGUCAGAUCACAAGCUCAGCACUUACCAAAUUUUUAAAAGGCUUGUGUAAUGAGAAAGCUUAAGUCGAGGGUUCCUUUCCACAGAGGGAUCUUAGCAUUAAGAUUGUCACAAGUAUGCUAAAGGGGCUAGGUUCAAGCCUAAUGGCAGUGUGGCAAUUCUGAGUUAAGGCAUUCAAAACGUAUGCCAGUAACAGUGUAUACUGAUCUUGCAGUUAAUGAUAUGAAUUUCACAGAGAUAAUGAUUCAGUUUGACUCACUAAACGUCUAGACCAAGUCUAAAAUAGGCUCCAUAGGUCCAGACCACAAGGGUGAAACCAACCUUUGAGCUAAUUGAUUUAUGAAAUUCCCGAAACAGUAGCUCUCAAAGCCACAAGGCAUGUCUUAUUAACUUGGUCUCAUUUAGAAACAGCCUGCCACUUCAACCACUAGUCCUAAAACCUGGCCCUCGUAAAAUUGUUUAGUCUAGUAAGCUCAGUAUUAGACUUUCACUUUGGUUACUGGCUGCUAAAACUGACUGAUAUUUUUCCUUCAGUCUUGGGGGCAGUGGGGUAGCCUAAUGGUUAAAGCGUCAGCUCGUCACGCUGACGACCCAGGUUCGAAUCCCCACAUGGGCAUAAUGUGUGAAGCCCAUUUAUGGUGUCCCCGCCAUGAUGUUGCUGGAGUAUUGCUGAAAGCGGCAUAAAACCCAACUGUGAGUGCCAUUCACAACCAUUGUCAUUAUUACAGCAAUACUUCCCCACCCCCAACGAAGAAAGAUGGUUUUAGGGCUAGUAUACAUGGUAUCGGUUCACCAGUGCUUGUAAAUAUGGAUAGAAUAUGGACUACAAAGCCCAUUUGAUGCUCUUAAGUCCAGAUCAAACACCAUUACACCGGAUGUUGCAAUACGAGAAAUCUACAUAAGAGUUAUUAACUAUUAUGUUAAUUUGUUUUCAUCAGUAUUGACAAAGUAGUAUUUUUAUAAGGCUGAACUUGUUUUUUGUUACUUUUUUUUAGUUUUCUACUAUUUUCUGUGAUUUAGAAUCUCAGUAUAAAGUAUUAUGUUAUCUUUGUUAGAUUACACAGAGUGUACACGUUUCUUAGAUCAACUGAAAUUUGUGAAAACUGAGUGCGGCGUAAAACUAAACUCACUCACUAUUAAUCACAAAUGAAACACUCUCAUCUGAUUCCUGUGCAUCAAAAACUAUUUUUAAAAUGCCAAUUUUGAAUGUGAAUAAUUGAGGCUACCAUUGUAGUGUUGUGGAUAGUUUAUAUAUGGUGUUGUUUCUGAGCAUGGGAGUUCCAUGAGAGGAGUAUUUAUGAUAGGUUGUUUUGUUUUUUUUGGGUUUUUUAAAAAAUAAUAAAAUUAAGACUUCUGAACUGAGGUGAAGAAAGGAAGCUGAAGUAUUUGAGAAAGAUGAAAAGAACCUCACUCACUUCAUUUAGAUUUGUAGUCAAUCUUGGAGGGGUAGUAACAUCUUUGCUCAGUAUUGCAUCACAGUAGACAAAUCUUAGUGAAACUGGUCUGUCUUGGCCCCAUUUCAUUCAGCAAUGAGAUACUGGUAUAUGAAUUUGACAGGGAUCUGCCAUAGCACUGACGAUAGAUGGUCAGAAUUUCGCAUUUCUGUAAUUCCCUACCUUCUUGCUUUAUGUUUGGGGUCCAUUACUUUCAUAUUACAUCAUCCUGGAGGUGAAUCCUUGAUUCCUUUACAUAUUUAAGUUUGUCACCAAGAUACAGAUGGGGGAUGAAAUGCUGGGGUGGGUCGCAUACUUGAUUUAUGUGAUGUAGAUAUUACCUCCUACAACUAACUAUCUCUAUAUCACUGUCAACUCUUGUCUUCCAGUCCUUCUGUCUCUCUCUCCACUCAUUCGUCUGGCCAUGUACUUGGCAUGUAUGUAUACAGUCUGCAUAUUUCCAGUGUUAUUGUACAUACAACUGAUCACUUGGCUUCACAGCAGAGACGGAAUCAUAACAAUCACACAAUAGUUUCUUGUGUCCUUUAGUUACCAUAGUUAAAAUAUUUAUACUCUAUCCAUGGUCAGGCAAGUUGGUUAAAGUCAUGGCCUAGAUUUUCGAAACAUUCGCAGCCCAACGGACUUCUUAAGCCCAUUCUUAACACAUUGGCUCCGAUCAAAGUUAAGAAUUCUUAGGGCUACAACGUUUCGAAAAUCUGGGCCAUGAUGUCUUGACUAAGUCAGAAAUUAAAUCUGUAGAAUCCCUAUGGGAUUCUCUUCAGUGCUGACCUGACACAUCUUGCUUGACUCAAUUACCGGUAUGUACAGACUGCCGCCAUAUAGCUAGAAUAUUGCUGAGUGCAGCAUUAAACAACAACAAAAUUCAAGUAAUAAACUUCUAUGAAGCUUUUGUAAGUAUCUACUUUGUAAUAAAAUACAUUGGGGUAGGUUAGAACAAGAACACUUUGUUCCUCUGGAUGGUCACAAAUUAUUUCUCGGUCAAUUUGUAAAUAGAAAGAAUGAAUUUGUCAAUAAGAACAGGAUGUCAUUUUAAAUAAUGGCUGUUUUAUAUGGACUGUUUAGCAAGGUGCUUUACUUUGGGUGGGGUGGGGUGUAUACUUGUUUAAAUUCAUGUAAAAAAACAGGGUGAGGAUGAAUAAGAUGAAUCCUUAAUGUGUUGGGACAUCUUUUAAAUAUUUAUCAUAUUUAUUGUAAAUUUGGAAAUAUUGCAGACUACAUUUUCUGUGAUCCCCACCAUACUUGGUUUCCUCUGUUAAUAGAUCUAUGCACUUGUGAAAACUAUAUGCAAGUAUUGGAACACUAAAUGUGUUUACUUGUUACUGUAGCAAGAUUGUCUGUACAAGAUCAAGAUGCAGGAUGGAAUGUCUGUACAAGAUCAAGAUGCAGGAUGGAAUGUCUGUACAAGAUCAAGAUGCAGGAUGGAAUGUCUGUACAAGAUCAAGAUGCAGGAUGGAAUGUCUGUACAAGAUCAAGAUGCAGGAUGGAAUGUCUGUACAAGAUCAAGAUGCAGGAUGGAAUGUCUGUACAAGAUCAAGAUGCAGGAUGGAAUGUCUGUACAAGAUCAAGAUGCAGGAUGGAAUGUCUGUACAAGAUCAAGAUGCAGGAUGGAAUGCAUUUUCUGGUUGAUCCUUGUGUCAUACAACCAGUGUGUAACACUGGCAUCCAUAGAAUCUCAGGUGUCACACUAUAUAUAUAUAUAUAUGAAUGGAAUAAUAAGAAAAUAAAUAUAUAUGAAUACAA